AAGUGGAGGCGGGCACGUGGGGCGAGCUACGGUGGCCGAAGAAAUGCCGGGGAUGUGUUAGCAACCAGUCAAGAAUUUGUCCAGUGGGGGUGCGGUGAGCAUCGUAUUUCUAAUCUAGCUCCGCGAGUCUCUAGGAGGGAGCUCCGGCAGCCGUCACCAUGGUGAAGGAGCAGUUCCGGGAGACGGAUGUGGCCAAGAAAAUAAGCCACAUCUGUUUUGGAAUGAAGUCAGCUGAGGAGAUGCGCCAGCAGGCUCACAUCCAGGUUGUGAGUAAGAACCUGUAUAGCCAGGACAACAACCAUGCCCCACUGCUCUACGGGGUGCUUGAUCACAGGAUGGGUACAAGUGAGAAGGACCGUCCUUGUGAAACCUGUGGGAAGAACUUGGCUGACUGUCUGGGCCACUACGGGUACAUUGACUUGGAAUUGCCAUGUUUUCAUGUGGGGUACUUCCGAGCAGUCAUAGGCAUCUUACAGAUGAUCUGUAAAACCUGCUGCCACAUCAUGCUGUCCCAGGAGGAGAAGAAGCAGUUUCUGGAUUAUCUAAAGAGGCCCGGCCUGACUUACCUCCAGAAGCGAGGGCUGAAGAAGAAAAUCUCUGAUAAAUGCCGGAAGAAGAACACGUGCCAUCAUUGUGGCGCCUUUAAUGGUACUGUAAAGAAAUGCGGGUUACUGAAGAUAAUCCAUGAGAAAUACAAGACCAACAAGAAAGUGGUGGAUCCUAUCGUGUCAAAUUUCCUUCAGUCCUUCGAAACCGCCAUCGAGCAUAACAAAGAAGUAGAGCCUCUACUGGGGAGGGCACAGGAAAACUUGAAUCCCUUAGUAGUUCUGAAUUUAUUUAAACGAAUCCCAGCUGAAGAUGUCCCUCUACUUCUGAUGAAUCCAGAAGCUGGAAAGCCCUCCGAUUUGAUUCUCACACGACUUUUAGUGCCCCCCCUGUGUAUUAGACCCUCUGUUGUGAGCGAUUUGAAGUCUGGCACCAAUGAAGAUGAUCUGACGAUGAAACUGACAGAAAUCAUUUUCCUAAAUGAUGUCAUUAAAAAGCAUCGGAUAUCAGGAGCUAAGACCCAGAUGAUCAUGGAAGACUGGGAUUUCUUGCAGCUGCAGUGUGCCCUCUACAUUAACAGUGAACUCUCAGGCAUUCCCCUCAACAUGGCGCCCAAGAAAUGGACCAGAGGGUUCGUCCAGCGCCUGAAGGGAAAACAGGGUCGAUUUAGAGGCAAUCUCUCAGGAAAAAGAGUGGAUUUUUCUGGCAGAACAGUCAUCUCACCUGACCCCAACCUCCGAAUCGAUGAGGUAGCUGUGCCAGUUCACGUGGCCAAAAUUCUAACUUUUCCUGAGAAGGUGAACAAGGCAAACAUCAACUUUUUGAGGAAGCUGGUUCGAAAUGGCCCUGAAGUUCACCCAGGAGCCAAUUUCAUUCAGCAGAGACACAUGCAGAUGAAAAGGUUUUUGAAAUACGGAAACAGAGAAAAGAUGGCUCAGGAGCUCAAGUAUGGGGACAUUGUGGAGAGACACCUCAUAGAUGGAGACGUGGUUCUGUUCAAUCGACAGCCUUCGCUGCACAAAUUGAGCAUUAUGGCACAUCUGGCCAGGGUCAAACCCCACCGCACCUUCAGAUUUAAUGAGUGUGUCUGUACACCCUACAAUGCGGAUUUUGAUGGUGAUGAAAUGAACCUUCAUCUUCCUCAAACAGAAGAAGCUAAAGCAGAAGCCCUUGUUCUCAUGGGGACUAAAGCAAAUCUUGUAACCCCAAGGAAUGGAGAACCACUAAUUGCUGCUAUUCAGGAUUUUCUGACAGGUGCCUAUCUCCUCACUCUUAAGGACACUUUCUUUGACCGAGCCAAGGCUUGCCAGAUCAUUGCUUCGAUAUUGGUGGGCAAGGAUGAGAAAAUUAAAGUUCGCCUCCCACCCCCUACAAUAUUAAAGCCUGUCACCCUGUGGACGGGAAAACAGAUCUUCAGCGUCAUCCUCAGACCCAGCGAUGACAAUCCAGUGAGGGCCAACCUCCGAACCAAGGGCAAGCAGUACUGUGGCAAAGGAGAAGACCUCUGUGUCAAUGAUUCCUACGUCACUAUCCAGAACAGCGAGCUCAUGACCGGCAGCAUGGACAAAGGAACGCUGGGAUCGGGAUCCAAGAACAAUAUUUUUUACAUUUUGCUGCGAGACUGGGGGCAGAACGAAGCUGCCGAUGCGAUGUCACGGCUCGCCAGGCUGGCCCCCGUCUACCUGUCUAACCGUGGAUUCUCAAUUGGGAUUGGUGACGUCACACCUGGCCAAGGACUGCUGAAGGCCAAGUAUGAGUUGCUGAAUGCUGGCUACAAAAAAUGUGAUGAGUACAUUGAAGCCCUGAACACAGGCAAGCUGCAGCAGCAGCCUGGCUGCACUGCUGAGGAGACCCUGGAGGCUUUGAUCCUGAAGGAGCUGUCCGUGAUCCGUGACCACGCAGGCAGCGCCUGCCUCCGGGAGCUGGAUAAGAGCAACAGUCCCCUCACCAUGGCUCUGUGCGGCUCUAAAGGUUCCUUCAUUAACAUAUCACAGAUGAUUGCCUGUGUGGGACAGCAAGCCAUCAGUGGCUCUCGAGUGCCAGAUGGAUUUGAAAACAGGUCCUUGCCUCACUUUGAAAAACACUCAAAGCUCCCAGCUGCCAAAGGCUUUGUGGCUAACAGCUUUUAUUCAGGUUUGACACCAACCGAGUUUUUCUUCCACACGAUGGCUGGCCGGGAAGGUCUGGUUGACACAGCCGUGAAGACAGCUGAAACGGGAUACAUGCAGAGGAGGCUCGUAAAGUCCCUUGAAGAUCUUUGCUCACAGUAUGAUUUGACAGUCCGAAGCUCUACAGGCGAUAUCAUCCAGUUCAUUUAUGGGGGAGAUGGCUUAGAUCCCGCAGCCAUGGAGGGAAAAGAUGAACCCUUGGAGUUUAAAAGAGUUCUGGACAACAUCAAAGCCGUCUUCCCAUGCCAGAGCGAGCCUGCUCUCAGUAAGAAUGAGCUGCUCCUGACCGCUGAGUCCAUCACGAAGAAGAAUGAGUUUCUCUGCUGCCAGGACAGCUUCCUGCAGACCUUAACUGAGACAGGCUAUGAGAAAUAUAAUGAGGAGAUAAAAAAAUUCGUUAAGGAGGUUUCUGAGAAGAUCAAAAAAACCCGAGAUAAAUAUGGCAUCAACGAUAACGGCACAACAGAGCCCCGGGUGCUGUACCAGUUGGACCGGAUCACCCCCACCCAAAUAGAAAAGUUUCUGGAGACGUGUAGGGACAAGUACAUGAGGGCACAGAUGGAGCCAGGUUCUGCAGUGGGUGCACUCUGUGCCCAGAGCAUUGGCGAGCCGGGCACCCAGAUGACCCUGAAGACUUUCCACUUCGCGGGCGUGGCCUCCAUGAACAUCACCCUGGGUGUGCCCCGCAUCAAAGAGAUCAUCAAUGCCUCCAAGGCCAUCAGCACUCCAAUCAUCACAGCACAGCUGGACAAGGACGACGAUGCAGAUUACGCUCGCCUCGUGAAAGGGAGAAUUGAGAAAACCCUCUUGGGAGAGAUUUCAGAGUAUAUUGAAGAAGUGUUUCUUCCUGACGAUUGCUUUAUUCUCGUCAAGCUCUCCCUGGAACGGAUCAGACUUCUGAGGCUGGAAGUGAACGCUGAGACGGUGAGGUAUUCCAUCUGCAUGUCCAAGCUCCGCGUGAAGCCUGGCGACGUGGCCGUGCAUGGUGAGGCUGUGGUGUGUGUCACCCCCCGAGAGAACAGCAAGAGCUCCAUGUACUACGUGCUGCAGUUUCUGAAAGAGGAUCUCCCCAAGGUGGUGGUGCAGGGCAUCCCGGAGGUGUCCCGAGCUGUCAUCCACAUCGACGAGCAAAGCGGAAAGGAGAAGUACAAGCUCCUGGUGGAGGGUGAUAACCUGCGGGCAGUCAUGGCCACCCACGGUGUGAAGGGCACCCGAACCACCUCUAACAACACAUACGAGGUGGAGAAAACCCUGGGCAUCGAAGCUGCCCGGACGACCAUCAUCAACGAAGUCCAGUACACGAUGGUCAACCACGGCAUGAGCAUCGACCGGCGGCACGUGAUGCUGCUCUCCGACCUCAUGACCUACAAGGGUGAAGUCCUGGGCAUUACUAGGUUUGGCCUGGCCAAGAUGAAGGAGAGCGUGCUGAUGCUGGCCUCCUUUGAGAAGACAGCCGACCACCUCUUUGAUGCCGCCUACUUCGGGCAAAAGGACUCCGUGUGUGGGGUGUCUGAAUGCAUCAUCAUGGGCAUCCCCAUGAACAUUGGAACCGGGCUCUUCAAGCUGCUCCACAAGGCUGACAGGGACCCAAGCCCUCCCAGGAGGCCCCUGAUCUUCGACACGAACGAAUUCCACAUCCCCCUUGUCACAUAGUCCAGGGAAGAGGGGAACGUUCCUGACCUCGGCUCCUUGUCGUCUGGAAAGGGGCUGGAGGCCAGCAGCUGACUCGUGAGCUUUGUGCUCCCCAGGACUGAGGCCCUGCCAUCCCCACCAUGCUGGCAGUCAGAGAAGGCCCCCCGGCAUCCUAGGAGCAACUCACCCAGUGACCCAGACCACAGCGCAGUGCUUGCUGGGGAGAACCGGGAUUUGUCUGUUUGUUUGAAGCCUAAUUAAUCUAGGGACAGCUCAGCACCUCCUGCCCACUCCACCUCCCUGGACUUGAGGAGCCCCCAGCCCAGAAUCUUUGCUCGUUCCCACCUCACCUGUCCCUCUGUCCACUCAGAGAGGUAUCCCACCCUGACCGGGAGCCAGGUCUAAGCCCCAGGGCCAGGGCACAUCUCAGUUCUUCGGUUCCCCAGUCAUGCUGCAAUCUCCAAGUGUGACAUACUAAUGUAAAUAUUGUUACUAUUAUUUAUUUGUCCACUUUGAAGAAUGUGGAGUUUUUAUUGUUAUUUUGGUUUUCCUUUUGAAACCAAGAAGCUAUAGAAACCAAGAAAGCCAGCUUUGAAGCGUCACUGGAAAAACUGGUUAAGCAAAUGGGACCGUGUAGGAUUUGUAAGUGAGCUGAAACUGUCGUGAGGCCACGCUGCUCUGAAACAUCUUUUGCAGACCUCCCGGCUACCCUCUUUUUGUCUACUUCCGACCCCAUAGUAGGGGCUCAACCUCAUGACAAGAGGCAAACCAUCCUUCAUGGCCUGGAGACGCCUCGCUGGAGUGCGGGGCCUGCUGAGGUGGGGACUGUCGUGUACACAGAGGUGAGGAGUGAGGCUGGUCCAGGCCCACACACCCGCCUGGGCGGCAUCCACACCUUCCUGUGGAAUCUGCAUGUGUGCCCUGCCACCUGCGGCCGAAGAGCACGCGGGGCAGUUGCAGAGCUGGGGGGGCCCAGAAAGUGUCCCAGGGGAGUGGUGGGAGAGGGUCCUCCCGGAGGGUGCAAGCAGACACCAGGUCUCAGGGCUGAAGUGGUCACCCAGACAGGAAGGGCGAAGAGGCCUGCACAGGGGUGGGUUGCCAGCUAGGGUUGGGGACGUGCCCCAGGUGGCACAGCAGGCUCCUCAAAGAGGAGAUGUGUGACCAUAGAAAGCACGUGUCGGGCUAUGAGGAGAGAACCAACAGGGCAUCCCGGGAAAACCUCUGUUUAACUGCCUGCUUGGGCUUCUGCCAGUGACUGCACCGUCACGGGUGGGUUUUUCAAGGCUUAUGAGGGCGUUUUGUGCAACAUAGGAAAGAAAUGUGUGUAGCUUGUCUUCCAGAGAGCACAGGGGUUUGCUUCUGGAGACGGUGGUUCUUUGUGCUGAAUUUGCUUCUGGGGAUUGGCCCAGGGCCACGGAGAAGGAACUGCGGCCGCUGCAGAUCUACUCCCUCUGGAGAACGCUCCAUGGAUCCUGUCCUCCUUCCUUCCCUGCCCAGAGCCAAGUUUAUCGCUCUGGCUCUUCCUUCCCUCCCAUGAGGCCUUGGAAAACCAAGGCUGCUUGGUUGGAAGUGAGACGAUAGUGAAAAGUGGGGCUUUGACCCUGCUUUCUGGCUCCAUGCACUUGAGAAGGAAGGUCUACUUCUGAAAUGACAGCCUGUUCAUCUCAGUGUAUCCAGCCACUGGAAGAAACAGCAGCACAAACCAAAGAGAUGGGCAUCUGUUGAGCAAGAAGAUGGUUUGGAUGAUUAAAGAGAUGGAUGUGGUAAAAGAAAAAGUAGGGGAGAGUCAAAGAAUUCAAGCAGUAUAAUGUACCUACCUUCUUUGGUCAUUCCCUAGUUGACUCCCCAGGUUCUGAGUUAAUGCCACUGAGGUACUUAGCAUAACCCAUGGUUCUUGGGUCUGUGAUUGGGAUGAGUGCUUUCCCUCCCAUACUGACGUGACUUUGAGUUAGGAAUUCCUGACCUGAGUGACUUUUCGGCAAGGCUCAGGCUUAAAUUCUGUGAAAAUUAGUUUGAUCCCCACGCCCGUGAGGUUAACCUACAGACUUCUCUUAGGGUGCCAGUGAUGUGAAAAAAAGACCAUUUUCUCACAUUCAGCCCCGCCACCACACACAUCUCUGAACUAAGGUGGCCUGGUUGAAGACCAAGUGUCGAGUCCAUUAACACACUUACUCAGGGUUGCCCCAUGAAGCCCCACCACGGACUCUGCUUCUCUCACCCAACCUGCCAAGAGCCACAGAGCCACACGGCUGGCUUCCUGAUAACUCACCUGAGAAGUAAGCCGCAGGCCUGAUCAGAUCCAGGACUGCUGGAAUCCACGCAAGGGCCAGGGAGGGUGGAAAUGGGUGGCGGGAGGGAACACCGGCGCCCACCUUGCUCUGUUUGACACAUACGUGAAGUGGGGGGGGGGGGGGGGACCGUGGCAUCCAUGUGCUGCUGUGAGUAAUAAAGGCGGCACUGGGACUUCCCUGGCCGUCCAGUGGUUAGGACUCUGCGCUUUCCGUUGCAGGGGGCACGGGUUCCAUCCCUGGUCGGGGAACUAAGAUUCCACAUGCCACUCGUUGUGGGUGGCCAAAACAAAUUUUUUU